AUGGCCACAGGAGGGGGUCCUUUUGAAGAAGGUGUGAAUGAUCAGGAUUUACCAAACUGGAGCAAUGAGAGUGUUGAUGACCGACUCAACAAUAUGGAUUGGGGCGGCCAGCAGAAGAAGGCAAAUAGGUCAUCAGAAAAGAAUAAGAGAAAAUUUGGUGUAGAAAGUGAUAAAAGGGUAACUAAUGAUAUUUCUCCGGAGUCAUCGCCAGGCGUUGGAAGACGAAGAACAAAGACUUCACUGACGUUUCCACAUAGUAGAUACGUGACUCAGAUGUCUGUUCCCGAGCAGGCAGAACUAGAAAAACUCAAACAGCGGAUAAACUUCAGUGAUUUAGAUCAGAGAAGCAUUGGAAGUGAUUCUCAAGGUAGAGCAACAGCUGCUAACAACAAACGUCAGCUUAGUGAGAACCGAAAGCCCUUCAACUUUUUGCCUAUGCAGAUUAAUACUAACAAGAGCAAAGAUGCCACUGUAAGUCCUCAAAAGAGAGAAAUGAUUGGAUCAGCACAGUGUAAAGAGUUGUUUGCUUCUGCUUUAAGUAAUGACUUUUUGCAAAACUGUCAAGUCUCUGAAGAAGAUGGAAGAGGAGAGCCUGCAAUGGAGAGCAGCCAGAUUGUAAGCAGGCUUGUUCAGAUUCGUGAUUAUAUUACUAAAGCUAGUUCCAUGAGGGAAGACCUUGUAGAGAAAAAUGAAAGAUCUGCUAAUGUUGAGCGCCUCACUCAUCUAAUAGAUCACCUUAAAGAACAAGAAAAGUCAUAUAUGAAAUUUCUCCAGAAAAUUCUUGCUAGAGAAAAUGAGGAGGAGGAUGUUCGGACUAUAGAUUCAGCUGUGGGAUCUGGUUCUGUAGCUGAGAGCACAUCGCUAAACAUAGAUGUGCGGUCUGAGGCUUCAGAUGCCACGGCCAGAGAUCCUCAGCAGGAGCCUAUGGAAGAGAUAGAAAAUUUGAAGAAACAACAUGAUUUAUUAAAAAGGAUGUUACAGCAGCAGGAGCAGCUGAGAGCUCUGCAGGGACGACAAGCUGCUCUCCUUGCCCUGCAGCAUAAAGCCGAGCAAGCUAUAGCUGUGAUGGAUGAUUCUGAAACUACAGGUAGCCUAUCUGGAGUCAGUAUCACCUCUGAACUAAAUGAAGAAUUGAAUGAUUUAAUUCAGCAUUUUCAUAAUCAGCUUCGUGAUUCUCAGCCUCCAGCUGUUCCAGACAAUAGAAGACAAGCAGAAAGUCUUUCAUUAACUAGGGAGAUUUCUCAGAGCAGAAAUCCAUCAGUUUCAGAGCAUUUACCUGAUGAGAAAGUCCAACUUUUUAGCAAGAUGAGAGUGUUACAAGAAAAGAAACAAAAAAUGGACAAACUGCUUGGAGAACUUCAUACACUUCGAGAUCAGCAUUUGAACAAUUCAUCAUUUGUGCCUUCUUCAGCCUCUCCACAAAGGAGUGUGGAUCAGAGAAGUACAACCACAGCUCCCUCUGCUCCUGUAGUCUUAACACCAGUGGUCAAUGGAGAAUCCAAUAACCUCAUGCCAUCUGUUCCUUAUCCUGCUGCUUCUUUAGUUUCUCAGAAUCAGAAUGAAAAUGAAGGCCACCUAAAUCCAACUGAAAAGCUCCAGAAGUUAAAUGAAGUUCGAAAGAGGUUGAAUGAAUUAAGAGAAUUAGUUCAUUAUUAUGAGCAAACAUCAGAUAUGAUGACAGAUGCUGUGAAUGAAAACACAAAAGAAGAAGAUACUGAAGAGUCAGAAUAUGAUUCCGAGCAUGAAAACUCUGAACCUGUUACUAACAUUCGAAAUCCACAAGUAGCUGCCACCUGGAAUGAAGUAAAUAGUAAUUCUAAUGCACAGUGUGUUUCUAACAAUAGAGAUGGGCGAGCUGUCAAUUCUAACUGUGAAAUUAACAACAGGUCUGCUGCCAACAUAAGGGCUCUAAACAUGCCUCCUCCUUCAGAUUGUCAGUACAAUAGAGAAGGAGAGCAGGAGAUGCCUGUCGCACAAGGUCAGGAGGAGGAGGAGGAGGAGGAGGGAGCAGAAGAAGAGGCCCUCAGUGGAGCUUCACUGUCCAGUCGCAGCAGCAGCCUGGUCAUUGAGACUCCUGAAGACGCUGAAUUUGAACAUAAGAUCCAGAAGCUUAUGGCUGCAAAGCUGAAACUCAGACACUUACAGAACCUUGUUGCCAUGGUGCAGGAUGAUGAUGCAGCCAAUCAAGGAGUAACCUCUGUGGAGGAUUUCUUCCCAGCAGAAGACACCAAACAAAAUGCAAAUAACACUAGAGGAAAUACCAAUAAAACACAGAAAGAUGCUGGAGUAAAUGAAAAGGCAAGAGAGAAAUUUUAUGAGGCUAAACUACAGCAGCAACAGAGAGAGCUCAAACAAUUGCAGGAAGAAAGAAAGAAACUGAUUGAGAUUCAAGAGAAAAUUCAAGAAUUGCAAAAGGCAUGUCCUAACCUACAGCUGUCAGCUGCUAGUGUGGGUAAUUGUCCCACAAAAACACAUAUGCCAGCUGUUACUUCAUCCCCAACCAUUAAUGAAAAUGAAGCCAGUACAAGCAAAUCUGGUUUUGAGCCUCAUGAUUCUUCAGUGGUAGAUAAUGAGGUAUGGUCAGAUAUGCGAAGACAUGAAAUGUUAAGGGAGGAGCUACGACAGAGAAGAAAACAGCUGGAAGCUCUGAUGGCUGAACAUCAGAGGAGGCAAGGUCUGGCUGAAACUGCAUCUCCAGUGGCUGUUUCAUUGAGAAGUGAUGGAUCUGAGAACCUUUGUACACCUCAGCAAAGCAGAACAGAAAAAACAAUGGCAACUUGGGGAGGUUCUACCCAGUGUGCCCUAGAUGAAGAAGGAGAUGAAGAUGGUUACCUUUCUGAAGGAAUUGUUCGGACAGAUGAAGAGGAGGAAGAGGAGGAGCAAGAUGCCAGUUCCAAUGAUAACUUUCAUAUGUAUCCUCCAAACAGUGCAAAUCGUAACUCUUACAAUGUAAAGGAAACUAAAAAUAGGUGGAAGAACAGUCGCCCUUUUUCAGCAGAUGGAAAUUAUCGUCCUUUAGCCAAGACAAGACAACAGAAUAUCAGCAUGCAGCGUCAGGAAAACCUUCGCUGGGUGUCCGAACUCUCUUACGUAGAAGAGAAAGAACAAUGGCAAGAACAAAUUAAUCAGCUAAAGAAACAACUUGAUUUCAGUGUCAAUAUUUGUCAGACUUUAAUGCAAGACCAGCAGACUCUGUCUUGUCUGCUACAAACUCUUCUCACGAGUCCUUACAGUGUUAUGCCCAGCAGUGUUGCAUCCCCUCAAGUGCACCUUAUAAUGCACCAGUUGAACCAGUGCUAUACCCAGCUAACGUGGCAACAGAAUAAUGUGCAGAGGUUGAAACAAAUGCUCAGUGAACUCAUGCGCCAACAAAAUCAGCAUCCAGAAAAACCUGCAAGCAAGGAAGGAGGCAGUGGUGCAUCACACCCUCCUUCUCCCAGUUUAUUUUGUCCUUUCAACUUUCCAGCUCAGCCUGUAAAUCUGUUUAACCUACCGGGGUUUACUAAUUUUUCAUCAUUUGCACCAAGUAUGAAUUUCAGCCCUUUAUUUCCUUCUAAUUUUGGAGACUUUUCUCAAAAUAUUUCUACACCCACUGAACAGCAGCAAACAUUAGCCCAGAAUCCUUCAGGGAAAACAGAAUACAUGGCUUUUCCAAAACCUUUUGAAAGUAGUUCUUCUAUUGGAGCAGAAAAACAAAGGAGUCAAAAACAGCCUGAAGAGGAGGUGGAGAACAAUAGGACACCAUGGUUUUAUGACCAAGAAGGUGAAGGAGAAAAGCCACUUCUCAAGACUGGAUUUGCAGUGUCUGUAGAGAAAACAACAAAUAGUAAUUGCAAAAGUCAACUAGAUACCAGUAGGAGAAGACGCCAGUUUGAUGAAGUGUCCUUAGAAAGCUUUAACAGUAUGCCUGACCCAGUAGAUCCAACAACAGUAACUAAAACAUUCAAGUCAAGAAAAUCAUCUGCACAGGCCAGCCUGGCAUCUAAAGAUAAAACUCCCAAAUCAAAGAGUAAGAAGAGGCAUUCUACUCAACCGAAAAGCAGAGUGAAAAAUAUUGGGUAUGAAAGUGCCAGUAUGUCUAGCACAUGUGAACCUUGCAAAAGUAGAAACAGACAUUCAGCCCAGACUGAAGAACCUGUUCAAGCAAAAGUACUCAGCAGAAAGAAUCAUGAGCAGCUGGAAAAAGUAAUAAGAUAUAGUAGGUCUACAGAAAUAUCUUCAGCACAUGCUAGGAGAAUACUACAGCAGUCUAACAGAAAUGCAUGCAAUGAAGCGCCAGAAACCGGGAGUGAUUUUUCCAUGUUCGAAGCUUUGCGGGAUACCAUUUAUUCUGAAGUAGCUACGUUGAUUUCUCAAAAUGAAUCUCGUCCACAUUUUCUUAUUGAACUCUUCCAUGAGCUUCAGCUACUUAAUACAGACUAUUUGAGACAGAGGGCUUUAUAUGCAUUGCAGGACAUAGUAUCCAGGCAUAUUUCUGAGAACCAUGAAGAAGGAGGAGAAAAUAUGAAGUCUGUGAAUUCUGGUACUUGGAUAGCAUCCAACUCAGAACUUACUCCCAGUGAAAGCCUUGCUACUACUGAUGAUGAAACUUUUGAGAAGAACUUUGAGAGAGAAACACAUAAAAUAAGUGAGCAAAAUGAUGCUGAUAAUGCUAGUAUAUCUUCAACUUGUGAACCUUUUGCAACAGAUGUUCUGGGUGACACUGUGAUCCACUUAGAUCAGGCAUUAGCCAGGAUGAGAGACUAUACGAAUAUGAAGAUGGAGGCUGAAAGUAGUGCAGAUGUUCGGUGUACCUGCAGGAUCAUUGAGGAUGACGAUGGUGCUGCUGCCACAACCACAGUUAACAAUAAUUUAGAAGAAACUCCUGUUAUUGAAAAUCAUAGUUCACAGCAACCUGUGAGUGAAGUUUCUACCGUCCCGUGUCCUAGAAUUGAUACUCAGCAGCUGGACCGGCAAAUUAAAGCAAUUAUGAAAGAAGUCAUUCCUUUUUUGAAGGAGCACAUGGAUGAAGUAUGUUCUUCUCAACUUCUGACCUCAGUAAGACGCAUGGUUUUGGUCCUUACUCAGCAAAACAAUGAGAGCAAAGAGUUUGUAAAAUUCUUUCAUAAGCAGCUUGGAAGUAUAUUACAGGAUUCACUGGCAAAAUUUGCUGGCAGAAAACUGAAGGAUUGUGGAGAAGAUCUUCUUGUAGAGAUAUCUGAAGUGUUAUUUAAUGAAUUGGCUUUCUUUAAGCUCAUGCAAGAUUUGGAUAAUAAUAGUGUAACUGUUAAACAGAGAUGCAAAAGGAAAAUAGAAGCCACUGGAGUGAUACAGUCUUAUGCAAAAGAGGCCAAAAGGAUUCUUGAAGGAGAUCACAGUUCACCUGCUGGAGAAAUUGAUGAUGAAGACAAAGACAAGGAUGAGACGGAAACAGUUAAGCAGACUCAAACGUCUGAGGUUUAUGAUGGUGACGGCCCCAAAAAUGUGAGAUCUGAUGUUUCUGAUCAAGAGGAAGAUGAAGAAAGUGAAGAAUGUCCAGUGUCUAUUAAUUUGUCCAAAGCUGAAACUCAGGCUUUGACUAAUUAUGGAAGUGGAGAAGAUGAGAAUGAAGAUGAAGAAAUAGAAGAAUUUGAAGAGGGACCUGUAGAUGUCCAGACGUCACUUCAGGCUAACACUGAAACUACAGAAGAAAAUGAACACGAUGAUCAGGUUCCACAGCAUGAUUUUGAAAAAUCAUCAGAAAGCAAAAAUGUCCCAUCAGAACAAGAACCCACUACUAGUAAAGGUGACCAGGAUAGCACUCCUGUGAAGCCCUGUUACCUCAAUAUCGUGGAAAAUGAGCAACCUUUAAAUAGCACUGUCCAGAAGGACACACUCACUACCAUCGACUCGUCCAGUCAGCCUAACCCUUUGCCUUUACCUUUAACUGAAAUUGAAACCUUGGUGCCUAGAGUCAAAGAAGUGAAAUCUGCUCAGGAGACUCCUGAAAGCUCUUUGGCUGGAAGUCCUGAUACUGAAUCUCCAGUGUUAGUGAAUGACUAUGAAGCAGAAUCUGGUAACAUAAGUCAAAAAUCUGAUGAAGAAGACUUUGUGAAAGUUGAAGAUUUACCCCUUAAACUGACAAUAUAUUCAGAGGCAGAUCUAAGGAAGAAAAUGGCAGAAGAAGAACAGAAAAACCACUUAGCUGGUGAAAUAUGUGAAAUGCAGACUGAAGAAUUAGCUGGGAAUUCUCAGACACUAAAAGAACCUGAAACAGUGGGACCCCAAAGUACAUGCGAUGUCUCCAGAGGCUGA